GUUGUUUAUAAAAAAAAUAAAAAGAAGUACUUGUAUAUAUAUAUAAAUAUAGAGAGAGAUAUAUAUAUAAUAAUUGAUUGAUAUUUGGGGCGUGGCAUGUGUGAAGUGAAGGAGAUGCAGAAGUAGUAGUAGGAGUGGUGAGAAGUGAGAAGUGAGAAGUGAGAAGAAAAAGGGAAGAGAGAAAAGUUAGUUAGUAAGCAGAGAGAAGGAUGAAGAGGGAGCACGAGCAGUUAGGGUCGAACGGAGGGAGCUCGAGCGGAAAGUCGAACCUUUGGGGGGAGGAGGACGGAGGGAUGGACGAGCUGCUGGCGGUGGUGGGUUACAAGGUGAGGUCAUCAGACAUGGCGGAAGUGGCGCAGAAGCUGGAGCGUCUGGAGGAAGCCAUGGGAAACGUUCAAGAGGGAAUCUCAGACCUUUCAAACGACGUCGUUCACUACAACCCCUCCGACAUCUCCAACUGGCUGGAAACCAUACUCUCCAAUUUCGACACCCUGUCUCCGGAGGACCCGGAGAAGGACUCCGCCUCCUCUGACUACGACCUAAAGGCUAUUCCAGGGAAGGCAAUCUACGCACCCACGCCGCUGCCGCAACAACCUAACCCUAGCAAGCGCCUCAAACCCUCCGAGUCAACGCGCGCGCUUCUCCUCGUUGACUCCCAGGAGAACGGGAUCCGCCUCGUCCACACCAUGAUGGCCUGCGCGGAGGCCGUCGGGACAAACAACCUCGCCGUCGCGGAGGCGCUCGUCAAGCAGAUCGGCUUCCUCGCGGUGUCGCAGGUCGGCGCCAUGCGGAAGGUCGCCACCUACUUCGCGGAGGCUCUGGCGCGGCGAAUCUACGGCGUCUUCCCGCCCCACCACGCGCUCUCCGACGCACUCCAGAUUCAUUUCUACGAGACCUGUCCGUACCUCAAGUUCGCGCACUUCACCGCGAAUCAGGCGAUUCUUGAAGCUUUCCAAGGGAAAAGCCGCGUCCACGUCAUCGAUUUCGGAAUCAACCAGGGGAUGCAGUGGCCGGCGCUGAUGCAGGCGCUCGCGCUCCGUCCCGGCGGUCCUCCCGUCUUCCGCCUCACCGGAAUCGGACCUCCCGCCGCGGACAACUCCGACCACCUCCAGGAGGUCGGGUGGAAGCUCGCGCAGCUCGCGGACACGAUCCACGUGCAGUUCGAGUACCGCGGAUUCGUCGCCAACAGCCUGGCGGAUCUCGACGCCUCCAUGCUGGAACUCCGUGAAGAGGAGUCCGUGGCCGUGAACUCCGUGUUCGAGUUUCACAAGCUCCUGGCUCGGCCCGGGGCGGUGGAGAAGGUUCUCUCGGUGGUGCGGCAGAUUCGUCCGAAGAUUCUGACCGUGGUGGAGCAGGAAGCGAGCCACAACGGAUCGAGUUUUGUGGACCGAUUCACGGAGUCGCUGCACUAUUACUCCACUUUGUUCGAUUCGCUGGAAGGUUCCCCUGUGAACCCGCAGGACAAGGCGAUGUCGGAGGUUUAUUUAGGGAGGCAAAUCUGUAACGUGGUGGCGUGUGAGGGAGUGGAGCGCGUGGAGCGGCAUGAGACGCUGAACCAGUGGCGGAACCGGUUCAGUUCGGCCGGCUUUUCUCCGGUGUAUUUGGGCUCCAACGCUUUCAAGCAAGCCAGCACGUUGCUCGCGCUGUUUGCGGGUGGGGAUGGGUAUAGGGUGGAAGAGAACAGUGGCUCUCUCAUGCUCGGUUGGCACACUAGGCCCUUGAUUGCUACCUCCGCGUGGCAACUCGCUGCGAAUUCGCUGUUUCCUCACUGAGUCAACUCGCCGAUUCGCGAACCACCUUCUUCUUUUUUUUUUUAUUUUUUUUUUAUUUUUAAUUAAUUUCAAUUGGUGCCCACCGAAAAAAGAAAAGAAGAAAAAAAAAAAAAAGAGAAAAGGGGGAAAACUUGUGGGGAUGAGAGGGCAGUGUGUAAAUGUGCUAUGCUGAGCUGUGAGCACUGAUUGCAUGAGACUGAGACCCACCAUUGUCUAUUUUCCUGCCCCAACUUAUGUCUCUCUCCAACCCUUAAUUUUCCUAUUUUGGCGUAGGAUUUUGAUUUUCUCCCCUUUUGUAAACCUUGAUUUAUUUUUGGCUUUCCUUUGGGUGGAAUCUCUUGUAAUUUUUCAGGGUUGGAAUCGAAAAGCUUAAUGUGUAUUUAUUUUUUGUUUUUAUUAAUAUAUGUAGCUUGGCGAUAAUAA